CCAACUGAACAGUUAUUACAGCUGUGCUACGGCCUACGAGACACGAGUGCUAUUGUAUUAUUUUGAAAAUAAUUUUAGAGUUUAUAUUCAGACUUCAAACAAAGCAUUAUUCUGCCUUUUUUAUAUCAUUCUUAUCUGUCAAAAUACAAUGGAGAAAAAUGGGAACCCUCCUUCUUACGGCUGGAAUAAUGGACAUAUGCAGGCGCCUCCUGCGGCCCCUCCGAGUUAUUCACAAGCAGUGGGCGGUGUGGGACCCUCCAGCCCUUACACGCCACAAUAUCUUCGUACAACGGGUCCACAAAUAGUGACGACAGUGGUGCCUUUGGGACCGCAAACUACACACAUGAUAUGCCCCAGUUGCCACGGAGAAAUCGACACAGCUUCAAAGAAAAAGCCGGGCCUCAUUGCAUAUAUAGCCGGAUCGGUGUUGUGUAUUCUGGGGUUGUUUUGCGGCUGCUGUUUGAUCCCGUGCUGCAUCGACAGUUGCAUGGAUGUGCAUCACGAGUGCCCCAAUUGUGGCGCUCACCUUGGCCGCUAUCGCCGGUAACUUUGAGAACGUGCCGGGCAUCAAUAAUUGAAUCGUGGGAAAUUAAAACCGACUUGAUAUUAAACCUCCACAUUAAUUGUCAGGUCUAAUAAUAUUAUAUAAUUGUUGUAACUUAACGAGUAUAUUGUCAGCUAGUUUUUGGAUGUUUUUUUAUACUCAACAUUAACAAAGCUAACUCGGGCAGUCCUAAGCGGCAGCUUCUGUCUUCUUUAUAUUUCGUCGUACAAAUUUAUGGCAAAUCCUGAGGAUUUCCUGCCAUAAUGUAAAGCUUAAUAAGUUUCAUAUUUGAUAGUAUAGGUUGAAUAGUUGUCUAAGUGUUUUUCUUCAUGUGGGCCUCACUAUUUACCUUAUUUAUACACAUCCGUUUUAAACUACUCCAUAGUUCAAACUCGAUCCAGCUUUAAUUGUACACAUUGACAAUACAUUUAUAUUUUUUGACAUAUGCAUUUAUGUGAUUUUUUAAGAUGUCGUAGAAUACAUAUAUUUCUUAAGUACGAUUUGGCUUAUCGAUGUGCGAGUGCAAACCGUUUUUAAACAAUUGCCUGGAUAAAAGAUGUGUGGAUGCUUCACAUAAAUAACUACUGAACCGUUCAAUAUUUGAUAGUGUGGAUGUCGCGAAAUUUACGUUACGUAGAUUUAACUUCGCGGUUAAAUUUGCGAGUUACAUCUUCGUGACUUUUUCAAACAUUGUAUGUAUAACAUAUGCCCAAAAGUUCUUGUCACUUAUCUUGAUCUAUGAUCUUGUAC